GCUCCGAGCGCUGGCUGAGUGAAGAAGCCAGCACGGUGACAACUGAGCUCUGGGAAAAUGACAAACUUUCCUCUGGCCCAGGAGGGGACCUCCUGGCUCAUCCAGGCGCCCUUCCUCUGGGCAUGUCUCUGUCCCGGAAAGGCGUGCAUUUAGAGGGCUUCUCUGGCAAGGAUGGCCCAGGGAGAAGGCGGGGGACCCUUUGAAUUUGGGGUAGGCAUUGCCCCUUGACUGGUCUGGAGUGCUGAGAGAGAAGGAGCGAGUCCUCUUUCAGAGCUGGCGUGCAAAGGUGCUUCUUGAGGGCGAUACUCUGGGGAAAGGGGUUCCCUAUGGUCUGGGACCAGCGACUGAGGGGUAUCCGGCCAGGGGCUUUGUGUAGGGGGCUUUGCAGACCUGCUUAUGUCCUUUCUCCCAAGGUGUGUGUGUGUGUGUGUGUGUGUGUGUGCGUGCACGCAUGCACACACGCGCAUGUGUGUGUAUAAGGAAAGAGAAAGAACUGGAGACCGGGGGACUCCUCUGGCAGGAUCACCCUCAUCCGAGCCCUUCCAGCAGCCCCCCGUGUGGUUACAGGAGUCACCUUGUCUCCUUGGUAGAGCCCGUAAGGAGGGGUGAGGGUCACCUCCUGCUCCUUGCAGCUCCAAAGGGGCUGUUCCUGAGGGGAGCAAAAAAUUGGGGAAGUUUCCUGGGCUGCUCAAUGAAACCGUUCAGACUGGAGCCAGGGGAGGUGCAAACUUUCGGCAGAAAAGGGGCUUGAAGGGACCCGUGUGUAGGGGCGCCUGGCAUUCUCAUGCCCAGCUCAGGGCAUGGGGGCAGUGUACCCCUCCACACCGCAGGCCCCUUGAGGUUCUGCUGAGCCCCACGUGUAGCUUGCUCCAAAGAGGCUGGCUGUCGUCAGGGAUCAUUUUGGAGCCACCCCUGUGAUCACAGCCCUGUAGAUGACAUCAUGCUUCCUCCUGGGGUGCCAGCCUGGGGCUGUGAUCGUCUUAAUGCACUGGUAGGUACCUAACGCGCUGGAUGCAUCGUGAGGCAGGGAGCAGGUCAUGACCCUGGUUCUGUGUCUGCCCCUUGCUGGGGCUGGCUGUCCGCCUUCAGAGAGCAGCAUUUCUGUGUGGCACUUGAACAGUUCUCUGGGCUUCAGGCAGGUUUUCAGGAUUGCCCAUCCUUGCGUGGGGUUCUGAUCCUGCAUCAGUCUAGAAGCUGCUUCCCUAGGCUGCUGAAAUCCGGGAAUUCCUCCAGGGCGUCAGAUGCUGGUGCUGGGUGUCCUGGGAAAGCCCCAGCACUGGGUCAGGAGGUUGUGCUUCACAUCUGCCUAUAAUUUGCUGUGUGACUUGAGGGUAAAUCUAGCCCUCUCUGAGCUCCAGCUGCUGCUUCUCGAACAUGAAGAGAGUUUGUGUAUCCUCAUAGAGUGACAUGUGAGUGAUGUUACACAUGAGAUUUGCAAACUCCGGGUGAUGUAAUUGAGUGUUGGAGAGACCUAGGACUCAGAUCAGGAGUAAGUUUGGCCAUUCACCUCCCUCUGCAAACCUUGGUUCCUUUGCUGUAAUGUGGGGAGUUCACAGUCCCUGCUCCAGACGGGUGUAGGGAGCAGAGAUGGUGCCUGCAGAGUACUCAGCCGGGCGUCUCACAAACAUGGAGCUCACAGUGGCCGCAGCAAGGCUGUCUGUUGCGGUCUUGUACAUGGGCAUCUGGGUGCUAUUUUCCCCAGGGAUGCUGUCCCUGUCCUACUGGAGCACCAAGUGGUCCUUGAACGGGGGGCUGGGGGUGGGGGCAGGGCCCUUGUUCUUGCCAAUCACCUGAUUACCUGCAGUCCCCGCCCCCUCCCUGCUUCCUCAUAAAAGCACUGCUGGACCGGCUGCUCCUAGUGGGGAGCCCUGGGCGUUCUGGGAGGGCUGGAUGCACCCAGCUGCUGUGUCGCCAUGACAACAGGAGGUGUAGAGGUGGAAGCCCUGCACCUGGACACCUGACCGGAUGGAGACCCGCCAGCUUCUGCUCCCAGCAGGUGGACACACUGAGCUCGGUCCCCAGGCAGGGAAGAGGCCAAGAUCAGGCCCCUCUGUGAAGUAAUCCAGCUUCCACAGGCUGAGGAGCUGAGGGAGGGCAAGACACAAACUGCAGCCGCUGCAGACCCACCGGGUCCUCCUGCACUUGCUGUUUGUUAAGGUUCUUUUUGCAACUCUCCGAACUGAAGAACAUGUAGGAAAAUGGGACCGUCUCCUGGGGGCCCUGAGCCUCGGAACCCCAUUCUUGACCUGCAGAGGCUCACCCUGACUUUGGUGAGCUCAGUCCUCCUUGCUCUUGGCCUCAGCUUUGCCGUGGACGUGUCCUCCCUCUCCAGUCUUACCAAUCGCGUUUGCAGAAGGAAUAAAACAGCGGACCCCCAGGGGUUCCAUCCCUAAGAGAAGCCCUCUGCUCCCCUUCCUCUGAGCCCCCCGGUCAAGCCCCAGCGAGCCAGUCCGGAAUGAUCCCACUAUGGCCAAGCUCUGGUUCAAAUUCCAGCGGUAUUUCCGCCGGAAACCCGUGCGCUUCUUCACCUUCCUGGCGCUCUACCUGACGGCUGGGAGCCUCGUCUUCCUUCACUCCGGCUUCGUGGGCCAGCCUGCUGUCUCCCAGAACCAAGCCAGCCCUGCCGUGGGAGGCCCCGCCGAGGGCCCUGAGCUGCCCUUCUUGGGUGACCUGCAUCUGGGCAGAGGCUUCCGGGACACAGGCGAAGCCUCGAGCAUCGCCCGCAGGUACGGGCCCUGGUUCAAGGGCAAGGACGGCAGUGAGAGAGCCAAGCUGGGUGACUACGGCGGCGCCUGGAGCCGAGCCCUCAAGGGGAGGGUCAUCCGGGAGAAGGAGGAGGAGCGAGCCAAGUACAUCGGCUGUUACCUGGACAACACCCAGAGCCGGGCCCUGCGAGGCGUGUCCUUUUUUGACUACAAAAAGAUGACCAUCUUCCGUUGCCAGGACAACUGUGCUGAGCGGGGCUACCUGUACGCCGGGCUGGAGUUCGGCGCCGAGUGCUACUGCGGCCACAAGAUCCAGGCGGCGAACGUGACCGAGGCCGAGUGCGACAUGGAAUGCAAGGGCGAGCGGGGCCGCGUGUGCGGCGGGGCCAACCGCCUCUCGGUCUACCGGCUGCAGCUGGCCCAGGAGUCAGCCCGCAGGUAUGGAAGCGCGGUGUUCCGAGGCUGCUUCCGCAGGCCCGACAACCUCUCCCUGGCCUUGCCCGUGACAGCCGCCAUGCCGAACAUGUCCGUGGACAAGUGCGUGGAUCUCUGCACGGAGAAGGAGUACCCGCUGGCGGCUCUCGCGGGCACUGCCUGCCACUGCGGUUUCCCCACCACCCGAUUCCCGCUGCACGAGAGAGAAGACGAGCAGCUCUGUGCCCAGAAGUGCAGCGCUGAGGAGUUUGAGAGCUGUGGGACUCCCAGUUACUUCAUCGUGUACCAGACACAGGUGCAAGACAAUCGCUGCAUGGACAGAAGGUUCCUCCCAGCCAAGUCCAAGCAGCUCAUCGCGCUGGCCAGUUUCCCCGGCGCCGGCAACACGUGGGCGCGCCACCUCAUCGAGCUGGCCACCGGCUUCUACACUGGCAGCUACUACUUCGACGGCUCCCUGUACAACAAAGGCUUCAAGGGCGAGCGGGAUCACUGGCGCAGCGGCCGGACCAUCUGCAUCAAGACACACGAGAGCGGCCAGAAGGAGAUCGAGGCCUUCGACGCCGCCAUCCUGCUCAUCCGCAACCCCUACAAGGCGCUCAUGGCCGAGUUCAACCGCAAGUACGGCGGCCACAUCGGCUUCGCUGCCCAUGCGCACUGGAGGGGCAAAGAGUGGCCCGAGUUCGUGCGGAACUACGCCCCCUGGUGGGCCACGCACACGCUGGAUUGGCUCAAGUUCGGCAAGCGGGUGCUGGUGGUGCACUUCGAGGACCUGAAGCGGGACCUGUUCGUGCAGCUGGGCCGCAUGGUCCGCCUGCUGGGCGUGGCCGCGCGCGAGGACCGGCUGCUGUGCGUGGAGAGCCAGAAGGACGGCAACUUCAAGCGCUCGGGGCUGCGCAAGCUCGAGUACGACCCCUACACGGCCGACAUGCGCCAGGCCAUCUCCGCCUACAUCAAGAUGGUGGACGCCGCCCUGCGCGGCCGCAACCUCACGGGCGUGCCCGACGACUACCGCCCGAGAUGAUGCGGGCGCCGCGCGCCGGCCCCGCUCGGCUCUGGGCCGCCGAUGGCUCGGACGAGUUUCCUGCAUGACCGCGGAGGCCCCGGGAAGAGCCGGCGCAGCACCCCUGCCCCCACCCCGCCCUGCCCCGCCGCGGGCUCCGCUGGGCGCCCCUCGCUGGCUCCGCUUGCCACCUCCACGCAGGAAGAAAGGGUGCCGCGGAGUUUCCCCGUGGCCUGGGCCUUUGGGUAGCGCGGGCGGGCGGGCGGGUGGCCGGCCCUGUGCACAGGAGGCGACCUGGCCCCGCCGUGUGGGUGUGGGGUCCCCGGCCUCGUGAACACACCUGUCCCCCGCCACCGCGCCCACACUGCGUUUGAGACACAAGCUGGUUGCCUUUCCACCUCCAGGGCUUCAGUCCUGCCCCCUCUUCCCUCCCUGUGCCUGGGAGGUGACCCCGGGGUCCUGGAUCCCAUUUGCAGGGCACCACAAGCAUUCACAACACCCCCCUCCCCCAGGGGACCCCAGACCACGCAAAGUACAGACCAGGGUAAGGGCCCCAGCAGCCGGGCUCUCCCUUCGGUCUGACACUUCGAUCUAACACUGCCCUCCUGGUCCCUGCUGCAAACCCAGGGGGACUGUGCCGGGAAGAGACCUCUCCCCACCUUCCCCAAACCACCAGUCAGCCCUUGGGUACCCCGCGGGGUGGGAGGGUGCAUGCCAGGGCCCCUCCUUUCCACGCAGGGCUCUUGUCCUGAUGCUGAGACACCAAACCAAAGGAUUUCUGAGGACCUGACUCACUGAACAUCAUUUUACAAGGCCUUGAUCCAGGUCCGGUCUCUUCUCCCGCCUUGGGUACCGGUGGCUUCAUGUCCGGCCUGCACCUGCUCCCCCGCACCCCCGCACCUUCCCACCGCAUAGAUGCAAAAGCCAUAGGUCACAGCCUCCUUGCUGUUCCGCCGGAGCGGCCCCCACCACCCCCGAAGCAGUCGCUCGGAGGCCUUGGGGUGCAGGUGGAUGCUGGCUCCCAAGCAGCAAAGAGACCCUGGAGAAGGCGAGUGUACAAAGAUAUAUUUUUUUAAGAGGAAUAUGACCAAUACAUCCCGCCCCUCAGACCCCAGCCAUGCAGAGAAGGGCGCGAGCACCAGGCCAGCGCUUCCCUCCCCGGAUUCCCUCACAAGUAGACCUGGGGCCACCCAGGGCCAGGCACGGGGCUCCGAAUGUAUUUUGUACCGUGUUUCUCCUCCCCACCCCGGCGACUCUCUGAGGCCAGCUCCCUCUGGCUCAACCCCUGCCCUCGCCAGUUUUCUGCCGGGGGGGGGGGGGGGCCUUCCUUCUGAAGAUCCCUCAGGUCUACACCCUCAUUAAAUGCGAGUUUUGUUGAUAA